CGGGUACGGGUCCCAAAAAAUGGACCCGCGCUGUGACCAAAGGGAACCCAAGCUGUGACUGCAGAAUGCAAUUAGGCUUCCCAGCAUGGCACCACAGUAUGCAGCCUGCUCUCGCUCCUGCACAAGCAUGAAACACAUUCAGGUAUGCCGAUGCACCGUAACAUUGCUGCUACCCCAAAUAUCCAAGGAACCUUAGGGCACAUUGACAAGACGAGGCCUGACACCGCAGAACCCCAUCACUGUUUAUGUCCCAUGUCAUCCAAAUGCAAACAGAAACACGGGAUGGCACACAUUAAGGCCCAGCCACCAUCAUCUCUGUGUGACUCUUCUUUCCCUCCUGUGAUAACCCCUUCUGUCACAAGUACCAGUCAGAUGAGUCUCCAAAUCUCCCUGAACGGGUCUGCCAAGGAAUUAACCAUGAAUAAUAAUCCAAUUGAUCUCCUGGUGGAUUCUGCUUCCCCUGUUACUACACCAGGCAUUGGAACUGAAGAUGGGAAAGCGAAGGUCUUGGAAGGUAGCAUUACACCAACGGUGGAACUGAACGGGCUUGCCAUGCGUAGAGGGGAGCCUGCCAUCUACAGGUCUAUGGAUCCAAAACCACUACCCAACCACCGAGCUAACUAUAAUUAUCGUGGGAUGUACCAUCAAAGAAACCUGUGCCCCUUCACACUCAAUUCCGAGCAAUUGUACCCAGAGUGCAAAGGAAAAAAGAUACAACUGAAGGAUUUAAGGAUUUGCAUAGACCGUCUAAAGCAAUAUCCGCUGAGAAGAAAAAGACAGAGAAGUCCAGAGGAGAACCCAGCUGCAGGAGAAAAGAUAAAGCUGAAGGAUUUAAGGAUUUGCAUAGAACGACUAAAGCAAUAUCCGAUGAGAAGCAAACGACUGAAAGGUCCGGAGGAGAACCCAGCUGCAGAAGAAAAGAUUACAACUAAAGAAAUAGAGACGAAUAAACAAAUUGACAGAGAUGUGGAUCGAAAGCAAUAUCCACUGCGAAGGAAAAGACCAAGAAGUCCAGAGCAGAGUCCAGAGCAGAGCCCAGCUGGAGGAAAAGAGAAGGUUAGAGAGGACGCCAAAACAUCGGAGUACCUCGAUAUUGAAAAUUACAGCCUUAUUAAAGAACUAGGACAAGGCAACUUCGGCAAGGUGGUGUUGGCAUCGUUUAAAAUCAAGAACCAACUAACUGCAAUCAAGAUCAUUGAAAAGCAGCGGGAGGAAGAUUUUGAAUAUGUCAGACGAGAGGCAUCGGUUCUCCAGAUUGCUAGCAGAAGCCCAUUUCUAUGCCGGGCAAUGGCAACAUUCCAAACUAAGUCACUAAUCCUGCUAGCCCUGGAGUACGUCAAUGGCGGAACACUGGAGAACAUCAUCGAGGACCGAGGACGUCUGAGUAACAAGCAAGUGCUGUUUUAUGCUUCAGAAUUAGUGGUGGGUAUUCAGUUCCUGCACGAGAACGGGAUCGUUCAUCGUGACCUCAAACCAGAGAACAUAUUGGUGGAUGAACAGGGCCAUGUGAAGAUCGGUGAUUUUGGCCUUGUCUGCACCGGUAUGUAUGGAGCAAACACACGGUGUGGCUAUUAUGGAACACCAGGAUACACGGCACCACAGGUUUUAUUAGAGGAGCCAUACGACGCUGGAGCUGACUGGUGGUCUUUCGGAGUCAUCUUGUACGAAAUGGCCACCAAUAGGUUACCAUUCUCACCGAAGGGAAACUUGAAACAACAGGUAGAAAGCGUCAUCAACAGAGAGCCUGAAUAUCCAGACUCCCUUUCUACCAAACUGCGUGACCUCAUAAAACAGCUCUUGAAGAAGAAGGCCAACCAACGCCUUGGGGUGAAUGGCAACAUCCGGGAUCACCCAUUUUUUUCAACUGUCGAUUGGUCAAACGUGGAGAAAAGAACAUUAAAGCCUCCUAUAAAACAAGUCAUGUAA